GCUCAACGUCAACUAUCGGAUGUUGACAGCAGUCAGCUGUACGUUGAGGCAUUGAGUGUUAUGUCAGUGCAUGAUGCAUGUCUCAAAUGAAAUAAAUGAAUAAAUUCUCCAAAGCCAAUGAGCUUCUUUCCAGCUUUCAGGAGUACUAAACGCUGUGUUGUUACCUCGCAGGCGUACCGGUGGAUGAUCGACUCUCGUGAUGAGUUCACUGAGGAGCGUCUGUCUAAACUUCAGGACCCCUUUUCCCUGUACCGCUGUCACACUAUUAUGAACUGCACAAAGACUUGCCCCAAGGGACUUAACCCAGGAAAGGCCAUCGCAGAGAUCAAGAAAAUGAUGGCGACUUACAAAGAGAAGAAAGCAGCAGCUUCGUGAACAUCUAACGGGCUCUAAAUCCGCUAAUAUUCCUUCAAACUGAGUGAAGAAAUGAGCCAACCACGAACUUUUACUUACAUCAGCACUUGUUCAGAUUUUAUUGAGUGUCUGCGGGCGACUGAAUGAGGGAACAGAUACUAGAAAUUGGGAGAAAAACGAAAACUGUUGGAAAAAAAAUGUUCAUUAAAGUAAACCAAGUGUUGCGACAUGUUGGACCACAGCCUUGCUAUAAAGGCUCACAUUAAGUUAUGCUCAGACUGUAUAUAUUUAAAUAUGUGUUCAUUAAAGAUGUGUCGAGCUCAU